CCAAGCUUUCGUUAUAUAUCACUCCUAUAUACCACUGACCACGUACCACGACUAGCUACCCUCCUCAUGCUCACGCCUUCUCCUACGCCGUUCUGCAUUCUACGUGCUCCCUCCCACGCGCGACCCGGAUACGACAUUCUCUUUAUCGCCUCAACAAACCGAUGGCUAAGUAGAGAGUGUGCAGAGGGCAAAGCAGCAGACCAAGACGAGGUAUAUCGCUACGAGGAUUGCGAAUUCGGUAUGUUCGCGCUGGCAGGAUGCACGUCGGUUGUGGCCAUGACCCCGGGCAUGUCACCGUCGCCCGCUUCUGGUGCAAAGAUAGUCCAGACCGAAAUACCAACAUGUUCAUCUCCGCGGAUAGAGCCGAAAUGUAGGACAGAAGCCUGGAUUAUGUCCAGUUGCCAGAUCCUGACUUGGCCUCAAAGACGAUGCGGCACUGGUAUGGCAAGGAAGAUCCCCGGAGUCAGUUUCCAGCAUCGCAAGAUUCUUUUCAUCAGCGCUUGCUUCGAAUAUGGUACCCCGUAUUACUGCUGGAGGAUAUCAGAAUUGGCUAAGCAUAUAAACCCUAGAGCGAUCAGAUCUGAGUCUUUGAUAUCACGAAGACAUAAGAGCUGAGAUACAUUCAGAAAUUAACUUGGUAUCACAAGUGCGGUUGGGUGCGGCUUAGCAAAUCCGGGGAAAUGCGGACAAGGGCAAGGGCAAAGGGAGCAUCAGGGACAAGAUCUCGGCGUCCCGAAACAUCGGUCGGAGUUAAGCUCUAGCAGGAUGAGAUAGCGUUUAACGAUCUGCCAUCUCAUCUUCCCAACUUCGGUCCUUUGGGAAGCCG